CCCCACAUUGCUUCAGCCAUGCUAUUUGUGCUGAGUGAUCAUUGGACAACCAGUUGACCCCCAACUUUCUGUCUCACAGCCCAGGCCUGCCAUGUGACCUGGACAUGGAAUCCAUGCCCCAGAACUCCACUGACUUCCUCCUCCUGGGCCUCGUCACGCGGCCAGCACUCCCUGGGCUCAUCUUUGCCGUGGUGUUCUCCAUCUUCCUGGUGGCCGUCACGGCCAACAUGGUCAUGGUUCUGCUCAUCCAUGUGGACUCCCGCCUCCACACACCCAUGUACUUCCUGCUGAGCCAGCUUUCCAUUAUGGACACCAUCUACAUCUGUGUCACUGUCCCCAAGAUGCUCCAAGACCUUCUGGCCAAGGAAAAGACCAUCUCCUUCCUGGGGUGUGCACUUCAGAUCUUCUUCUAUUUGACCUUGAUCGGAGGGGAAUUCUUCCUGCUGGGCCUCAUGGCCUAUGACCGGUACGUGGCCGUGUGCAACCCCCUGCGGUACCCUCUCCUCAUGAACCGCAGGAUUUGCUUGAUCAUGGUUCUGGGCUCCUGGACUGGCGGCUCCUUGGAUGGAUUCAUGCUGACCCCUGUGACCAUGAGUUUCCCCUACUGUGGGUCCCGAGAGAUCAACCACUUUUUCUGUGAGAUCCCAGCUGUCCUGAAGCUGUCCUGCGUAGACACAUCACUCUACGAGACGCUGAUGUACGCUUGCUGCGUGCUGAUGCUGCUCAUCCCCGUUUCCAUCAUCUCUGUGUCCUACACGCGCAUCCUCAUCACCGUCCACCGCAUGAACUCCGCAGAGGGCAGGCGCAAAGCCUUCGCUACCUGCUCCUCCCACAUCAUGGUGGUGAGCAUAUUUUACGGGGCCGCCUUCUACACGAAUGUGCUGCCCCAUUCAUACCAUACGCCAGAGAAGGACAAGGUGGUGUCUGCCUUCUACACCAUCCUCACCCCCAUGCUCAACCCCCUCAUCUACAGCCUGAGGAAUAAAGAGGUGGCCUCAGCCCUGAGGAAAUUGCUGGGGAGAUGUGCUUUCUCCCAGAGAAUAAGACCAGGGGAUGUGUCUAGGAGACACUAGGGGACCGAGGGCAUCCUGCUCUCGUGGCCAGUGACAGAUGUCCUUGGUUCUGAAAUACGUUCAGUGUCUUUCCGGCAGUCUUCAGUCCUCAGCUGGCUCACCAGCCUGUGCAAGUGUCACCAGGAGUGGAAAUGAAGCUGGCAGAGCAUCAGAGCCAGCCAGCUCCUGUGCAGAUGGAGCAGCAAAUGUUUUCUAGCCAGUGUUCUCAGGCAGGUGGCACUCUGGCCCUAGGUGAGCACCCCUAUGGAGUGCCCUGCAUGGAUGCGUCACGUGGGGUCCUGAUCCUUCAUGUCCCAUUGCUAACCAACUUUCACAUGCAAAUU